AUGUUACGCGUGCAAAGUGUAAGAAGUCUUUCUUUUGCCAUUUCGUCAAACCUGACAGCAAAGCACCAGGCACCACGGCAUCUGACUCACCCCUGUUCACGGCCCAUGGGCUGCCGACUGCGAAACGCAGACGUCUCUGUAUGGAACAGAGAGCAUGUUGCUGCCUACAAUGGGCGGUCCGCCCUAGAAGCGUUGAUCGAACGAAGAGGCCAAUUUUUGCGGGAGAUUUUGUUGUCAGGAUUCAGGCCGCCACAACUGGCCGUCUUGCUCAUUCGCCGAUCUGUUGAGCUUCUACCCAAAAGUCAGAACAACGGUGAGGUGAUUCAGUCAACCUACAGAGGCCUCACGAAGGAUUCUAGAACAGACCUAGACAACGCUAAAGUCGCGUCAACUCCUGCAGGCAGACGAGCACUGCCUACAGCCCCGAUUCUUUCGAGCAUUUCUGUUCGCUUCAAGCGAGACGGAGACGGGAAGCACCGAUCGCUUCGCGUCCAGUGUUUCCUUGCUGCUAACUUCGAGGCUCGCAACAAACAAGCUACAUUAUUGCGCAUUGUCUUCCAAUGA